AUGUGGUCGAAAAAACUUACCUCUAAGAAGCUAAUCUUGAGCUGUUGUUUGUUCAUUCAAAACAUUCACUGUGAAGACGAAAGCAGCUCCUUGUACGGUACAUGGUCAUCCAAAUCCAACCAAGUCUUCACAGGACCAGGAUUUUAUGAUCCCGUAGACGAACUGUUGAUAGAACCCUCGUUGCCUGGUCUCAGUUACUCAUUUACCGAAGAUGGUUGGUUUGAAGAAGCCACGUACCAAGUGACUGGUAAUCCUCGUGAUCCAGCUUGCCCCAAGGCUUCGUUGAUUUUUCAACAUGGUACGUAUAACAUUUCAGAAAACGGUACUUUAGUUUUAAAUCCUGUUGAAGUGGACGGUAGGCAAUUAUUCAGCGAUCCAUGCAGUGAUGAUGGGGUUUCCACUUAUACUAGAUACAAUCAAACAGAGACUUUCAAAGAAUAUGCAGUAGGUAUAGAUCCUUACCAUGGUAUUUACAAGUUACAAUUGUACCAAUUUGAUGGUACUCCAAUGCAGCCGUUAUACUUGGCUUAUAGACCGCCAAUGAUGUUACCAACAGAAACAUUGAAUCCGACUGCCUCUGCCAGCAGCACUGAUGAAGCGUCCUCUAAUGAGAAAAGGUCACUAAGAGCUUUGGUAAGAAGAAGCCUAGAAAACAGACACAAGACGAAUGCCGUUAGAAGACAAAAUACCUCAUUUUUAGCCUCCAAUGCUAUUUGGUAUAUUUCUGCAGGCAUGCUCGGUGUUGGUUCAUUAUUAUUUUUAGCAUUCUAA